AUGGCGUCGACGGGUACCCAAGAAGGAAACAAAGAACCAAGAGGUUACGCCGAGUCAAACGCACCACUAACAAGGCGAACACCAUCUCUCAGAACUGCUAUAUCUAAUGCUGCAGAUACACCACCUAAAAUAUUAACAAACACAAGACCACAAACGUCAUCCAUCCAGCAACCAGUCCCUCAAGACCAAAACGUACCCACCCGAAAUGCCAGUGUGUCUUUCAAUCAAACCGAGUCUCAAGAGCGUUUGCGUAGGUUUACAAUCUCAUCUCAACCAUCAUCAACAAAUGUGGCUGUACAGGACAAUAACCCUGAGGCAGCAAGACAACCAUCUUCAAAUACGCCAUCGAGACAAGCAUCUUUAAACAGAAAAAAGAACAACGAUGGGCUUUCUUUCAGUGCUAAGCCAGCAGUACCAGCUCGUGAGCCCACGCCAAAACUUGACGAAAAUGAACUUGCUCGAAUGAAUACUCCAAGUCCCACACGUGGAGAAAAUUUUGUCCCUGCAACGACACUAUCACCAAGUUCAAACGCGGCAGUGCCUAUUAAGAUUACCGGCACAGGUAGCAAUAAUUCUUCUCGAAGAAAUUCAUUGAAAAAAGCAAGCAAGACAAUAGUAGCUUCCCCAGUUGGUCCUCCUGUUCCAUUUCAAGAAUAUCUCUCCAAGGAAGAUGAUGGUAAGUUUCACAUUUUGUUAGCAUGUACGGGAUCCGUUGCUACGAUUAAAAUACCUUUAAUCAUUGACAAGUUGUUUCAACUAUUUGGCACAUCCAAAAUUUCAAUCCAGUUGAUUGUGACAAAGGCUGCCAGUCAUUUCCUCAAGGGCUCCAAGAUUAAUGCCGAUGUCAAAAUAUGGAGAGACGAAGACGAAUGGGCAAACUACAACGAAGCCACUACAAUUAGCUCAACUCAAAACCACUCGGCAAAGCCAAAGAAUCCAUUUGACAAGUUGAUUCUCCAUAAUGAGUUGAGAAAAUGGGCAGAUAUUAUGUUAGUUGCACCAUUGUCGGCAAAUACGUUGGCAAAGAUUGCUAAUGGUAUUGCAGACAAUUUGCUCACGUCAAUAAUUAGAUCCUGGGCACCAUCAACUUCACAGCAGGUGAAAAAGCCAAUUAUUGUUGCUCCUGCGAUGAACACUUUUAUGUACACUCACCCCAUGACGGCGAAACAAAUUGCCACCAUUACCUCUCCUGGAUUUGGUAUUGAGGUGUUGAAACCAGUUGAGAAGGUGUUGGUUUGUGGUGAUAUUGGAAUGGGCGGAAUGAGAGACUGGGUUGAUGUGGUGGAUAUAUUGAGGCGAAGAAUAUUGGCGAUUGAGGCUGAAAAUAAGGAGUAUAGUGACAAGAGUGUUGCUAUAGAAGAGGAAGGGGAGGAAGAGGAUGAGGAUGGUGCCGGUUGUGAUGAUGAUGAUGAUGAAGACGGAGAGGAGGGCGAUGACGAUGACGAUGACGAUGAUGAUGACGAUGAUGACGACGACGAUGACGACGAAGAAGACGAUGAUGUUGAAGAGGAUGAGAAAAACAAAGGUGCUAACGAUGUCGACAACAAUAAGUUCAAACUAGAUGCUCCAUUAUCGCCUCAAAAACACAGAGACCACGAUGAUCUAAACCUAAGUCACGACGAAGAUGGCAAUGAGGAGAUGAUUUUUGAAAUCACGGACCAAGAUCUCAGUGAUGGUGAUAAUACAUCUGAUCGUGGCUUGUCACCAACCUCAUCGCAUCGUCAACAGAAGAUCAAAAUACCUAAAGAAACGCAAAACAUUAUCUAA